AAAGGUUAUGCAGUGCCUGAGCAAGACCAUGGCAGAAUCACGGGCGCUCAUCACCAUCUGUCUUUUAGGAUAUCUACUCAGUGCUGACUGUACAGUUUUUCUUGAUCGUGAAAAUGCCACCAAAAUUCUGAACCGCCUAAAGAGAUAUAACUCAGGGAAAUUGGAAGAGUUUAUUUCAGACAACCUUGAGAGAGAAUGCAUUGAAGAAAAGUGUAGUUUUGAAGAAGCCCGAGAAGUUUUUGAAAACACAGAGAAAACUACUGAAUUUUGGAAGCAAUAUAUUGAUGGAGACCAAUGUGAGUCCAAUCCAUGUUUAAAUGGUGGCAUGUGCAAGGAUGACAUUAAUGCCUAUGAAUGCUGGUGCCAAGUUGGAUUUGAAGGAAAGAACUGUGAGUUGGAUGCAACGUGCAGCUUUAAGAAUGGCGGGUGCCAUCAGUUUUGCAACACAGGUGCUGAUAACAAGGCUCUUUGUUCCUGUACUACAGGAUAUCAACUUGCAGAAGACCAAACGUCUUGUAAACCAGCAGUGCCAUUUCCAUGUGGAAGAGUUUCUGUCCCAAACAUUCCUCAAACAAACACUCGUUCUCAGGAUUUUCUUCACAUUCCAGACGACGAAAAUUCUACUGAAGCUGAAAUAAUGUUGGAUAAUAUCACCGAGACUACUUCAAGUUCAGAAUUCACUCGUGUUGUUGGUGGAGUAAGCGCCAAACCAGGUCAAAUCCCCUGGCAGGUCCUUCUGAAGUGGGGCGGUAUAGCGUUAUGUGGUGGCACCAUCAUUAAUGAGAAAUGGGUCGUAACUGCAGCCCACUGUCUCAAGCACGGUGAUAACAUUACAGUAAUCGCAGGUGAACAUGACAUUGAGAAAGAGGACGCCACCGAGCAAAAGCGAAAUGUGAUUCAAGCGAUUCCCCAUCACAGCUACAACGCCGCCAAGAAUGCGUACAACCAUGACAUCGCCCUUCUGGAACUGGAUGCGCCCUUAACACUGAGCAGCUACGUGACACCCAUCUGCAUAGCCAAUAAGGAACACACAAACCUCUUCCUCAAAUUCGGACCUGCCUAUGUGAGCGGCUGGGGGAAAGUGUUAAACAGAGGGAGAACCGCUACGAUUCUCCAGUACCUCAAAGUGCCCCUCGUGGACCGAGCCAUGUGCCUGCAGUCCACCAGCUCCACCAUCUAUAAAAACAUGUUCUGUGCUGGUUACCGUGAGGGAGAGAAAGAUUCGUGCCAAGGAGAUAGUGGGGGACCCCAUUUUACUGAAGUGGAAGGGACCAAUUUCUUAACGGGGAUUAUUAGCUGGGGGGAAGAAUGUGCCAUGAAAGGCAAAUAUGGAAUCUAUACCAAGGUCUCUAGGUAUGUCAACUGGAUUCAAGCAAAAACAAAGCUGACUUAAGCCAGCAUUUCUUUCCAAGGUGGGCUUCUUAGGUGGAAUUGAAAAUGGGCAGGAUCCCUUAGUCACUAAUCAUCACCCACCCCCACCCCCAGCUUGUUAGAUAUCAAAACGCUGCCUUUUCUCCUUACCAGGGAGCGUGUUGCCUACAGUACCUAUUUCAUGAAAGGAAGUUGAAUAGAAAAUGUACCUUCUAAUCUAGGGACAUAGUCAAGGAGGCAAAAUCCAGAUCGCUGUCAAGAUUGUGAAGUUAAGCUGCUCCCUACCCUGCCCUCCAGCCACCAUGGCAUCCCACCUGAGUCUUCCCUCCUGAGCCAGCAAUCCAUGUUCCAGGUGUUUCUUUCAUUUCCUAUCAAUCAUGGCUAGGUCUGUGUCCAGGAUUCUUAUCUAGUCAAUCACAAGGAUGAAGGGAGCCCCACUCUGAUGAAGGAAGAAAUGUGGUGGAUACCAUAGGCGUAGCCCCGGCCCUGAACACAGCAAUUGGUGACAGGUUAAAACCCAUCAGAAGCAUUGCUUCUCUAGCUGUACCAAAUUCAUGAAUCUUGUCUCUUUUCCACCUCCCAAGCCCCCAAUCUGUUUCUCGCUCCCUACCCAAGCACGGAAGGAAGGGAGGAGCUUAGCAUACCACUGGACUACACUUGAACCCACUUACACUUAUCUAUCAAGGCCUGGCUUGCUUUCAGUGUAGUCUCAGACUGGUUUUUUAGAACGUAGGCAUGAAGUAGGGUGCCUGGGAAAUUUGAGGGGAAAGCUCCUUUUAGUGAGUUACAUUAUUUAAAUCCAUAUACAAUGGAAGCAAUGCACCCAUCUGUAAGACUCCUUUAAGACCUUGUCAUUGUGUGAGGGCAGAGGGCAAGGCUGGCCUAUGAUCAUAGCUAAGCAAUCCAGCCAGCUGUAUUGUCCCUAUCUGGAAAAAAAGAGUGAACAGAAAGAGAAUAGUUCAAAGCUAAGAGCUAGUAGCAUCUUCGUGGAAAAUGAGAUCAGCAAAUCUCCUGUCUUGGAACACUGGCCAACUUCAAUGAAAUUGCCCAGAGAACAUGAUCAUCAUGUCUCCUGGCCAAAUAAGAGUGGGCUUCAAAACUUCUCGAGAAAAUUCCAUUAUCCUUUCAUUCUAUUUUUCUGUGAACUUUUUGAAGCCCCUUCAUAGACUCCUACAGUGAGUCCAUCAGGCUGAAUGGCAUGAAUCAGUAUCAUCAGUCAACUAACCCCCCCCUUGUCUGUUUCAUCAAACAUUUUGAUUACACCUAAGCCUUCUGUCUUGACUUUUCUGGAGGGAGAGAAUCUGUUGACCUACCGAUAUAAGCACAUCAAUUUGUCAAACAGCCAUACUUCUCUUUGUGAAUGAAUAAACUGAUAUUCUUGUUCAUA